AUGAUGGUGAGAGAGAGCGCAGGAUUGAAGGACGAAGACAGAGGAAGAUACAGAUCAGGAGAGAUUGAAGGGUAUGAUGAUCAGGGGGAGCCUCUGAUUUCGCCAUCCCGGCACUCAUUCCAAGAAGUUAAACCUAGAAGCUCAUUUCCCCAGGCACCGCCGCGUAACCGCACUCGCUCCAACCCUAACUUAACCAUUAACAGUAGAGGUCAGCCAGGAACCCCACUAACAGCAAGCCCCAGUCCCAGCCUGUCCUCUCUGCAAGCCCCAGAGAGGCCCCCCAGAGCCCGGGACAAGAAGGAGGGCGGUGGCCUCCAGAGACAUGCGUCCGCUCCAGCCCUCGAAGCCCGGCCACCCACAGGCAAAUCACCCAAGCUGGGACUGCUGAGGAUCUUCCGCAGGCAGUCCUGGACCGGUCAUUCAUACUCCCAGCUGGACAACACAGAGUUAGGACCCACACUAGGAGAGAUCAUGAAGCCAGACACUCCUACCAUGUCUUUGAGGAAGAAAAUGAGAGCUUCAGCCUCGAGUCUGACCAAGCUGUUCUCCAAGUCCUCCAGUAAGGAGGAUGUGAGUAAAGGAGGCCCAAUAGUUAAAGGAUCCGCUCCCAUCCCUCCUGAAAGGCAUCGUAGCUCUGGUCUUGAGAGCCCAAAAAAGAGGACCUCCAAACUGCUGCCUUCUCUUAAAAUACCUGCAUUCAGAAAGACAAAAGAUCUGCUGGUCCGUCCCAACAAGGCUGAAGUUUUCCAGUUAGAUGGAGGUGGAGUCCUGCUGGUUUGGAAACCAGUUCAGUCCAGUGACCCUGUCACCUACUGUGUGCAGUACUGUACGGAUGGAGGGGAGUGGACGGUUCUGUCGGAGGAGGUCACUGAAAGCUGCUUUGUGGUAAAGGACUUACCCCGAGGAGCUUCUUAUGUGUUCAGGAUUGGCUGCAUCACCAAGACAGGAGCAGGACCAUUCAGUGAUGCUUCAGCACCUGUUGUUAUGGCAACUCAUCCUGAAGAGAUCCACAUUCCUCUCAUCCAGACUGAGUCACUGGGGUCAAAGGUCACUGGGUCAGAACAACAGACUGCACACAGGAACUACAGUUUUCUCUCUGAGAUCAACAGGGGCCGUUUCAGUGUAGUUACCGUGUGCAGGGAUGUUGAGACCAGCCAAGUGUUUGCUGCUAAAAUCACCCCAUAUCAGGCAGAGCAGAGACAGCUGGUGCUGAGGGAAUACCAGCUGCUGAAGAGGCUUCAUCACACUCACCUGGUGCAGCUGCACGCCGCCUAUUUCACCUCCCGUUACCUGGUGUUGGUGGAGGAGCUCUGUCCUGGCAAGGAGCUGCUCCACAGUCUGGCAAUGAGAGAUCUGUACGCAGAGUCUAACGUUGGCGAGCUGCUGGUUCAGAUUCUGAGUGCGGUCGAUUACCUCCACAGCCGUCGAGUCGUCCACCUGGACCUGAAGUCUGACAACAUGCUGGUGGAUGAUUGUAACCACCUGAAGAUAGUUGACUUGGGCACGGCUCUGUCCUUCACACCUGGUCAGCCUCUCAACGUCGAGCACAUUCACGGCCUGUCGGAGAGCAAAGACUGCCGCGGCAAAGUUUAUAUUGUCCUUCCUAAAGCUCCGGAAAUCCUUGAGGGUCAAGGUGUCGGGCCUGAAACGGACAUCUGGGCUAUUGGAGUUCUGUCCUUCAUCAUGUUGAGUGCCGACAGCCCGUUCCAUGCUGAGCACAGCUGGGAGCAAGACAAAAACAUCAGGAAAGGAAAGAUCCAGUUUGGGCGUUGUUACCCCGGUCUGUCAGAGGGAGCCUUAAACUUCAUGAAGAGCAGCCUGAACAACAAAUCCUGGGGGAGACCCACUGCAGCCGAGUGUCUCCAGAACCCGUGGCUGCGAGCCCACCGAGCCCCACACAAAGGCCGGCACUCCAAAGUUUGUUUCUCCACAGACAAGCUUAAGGAUUACCUCAAACAGAAGGAGGAGAAACGAGACCAGGUCCGCACCAAGCUUCAGGGUCCCUUUUUCCAGUAAAGCAAAACUGCGAGGGUUUCACUUACCAGAAGCUUGCCCUAAAAAGUCUGCAUCUUUACAACCAGCUCGCUUCUUUUCAGCUUCUUUUGUGGCUCGUUGGAGCCAGGACAGAUUUCUGAAAUCAUUUUAGUAUCUUCUGAUUUUGAAAAUGUGAUGCGUCUUAAUGAGUGUUUCAAAAUUCAUUAUCCAUUGGCUU